AUGCGGUUCCUGGUUCUGUGCCUCAUCCUGUCUCUGGGGGACUAUGGUGCCUUUCCCCUCAUCCAGUCCAGGAUCCAUAGAGGCUGCAAGGGUGAGAGACAUUCCCAACCCUGGCAGGUGGCUAUGUAUCACUAUGACAAGGCUGUGGGGUGGGGGUGGCAUCCAUCUCCAACCACAAUGAGCACUUCUCCCUCGCAUAACAAGGUGAGGCUGGGUCAGCACAGCCUGGACGCUGAUGGAGACACUGGCCAGGACGUCCCUGUCCGACAUUCCAUCCCACACCCACUCUACAACAGGAGCCUCCAAAUGCCCACGUUUCUCAGCCCGGAUGCUGACAACAGCCACAACCUGAUGCUGCGUCAGCUGAGGGAGCCAGCCAACACCACUGAGGCUGUGAGGGUGACUGAGGAGCCCACUGAGGAGGCUAAGCUGGGGAGCCGCUGCCUGGCAUCCGGCUGGGGCAGCACCAGGCCAGAUAAGUGUAUGCCUGGGUCAGACCCUAUGCUGCAGUGUGUGGACCUCACCCUCAUGUCCAGUGAUGUCUGUACAUACGCCUAUUCACAGAGGGUGACAGAAUCCAUGCUGUGUGCUGGACACCAGGAAGGCAGCAGAGACACCUGCAUGGGUGACUCUGGAACCACACUCAUCUGUGAUAGGAUGCUCCAAGGGAUUACAUCAUGGGGUGGUAACCCCUGUGCCUAA